AUGCCCCCACCAAAGUCGAAGAAGACGCCCGACAAACAGGUCGAUCUUGGAGCGAAGCUAGCAAAGAAGAGGUCGCAGGACUUCAAGGACAAGAUUCAAGGAUGGAACCAGGCUGGUGGAGGCAUUCUUCAGCAGCAGAAUGAGGUCGUUGUGAUUGAGGAGCGUGAGCCGGAUCCUCCGAAAUCAUCCAGGAAGAGUCAGCCCAAGGAUGAUGUCGUCCAGAUCGUGGUGGAGACAGAAUCCACUGUUGCAGGCGCAGAAGCAGUGGCGGUAGACACCAAGGAAGUGAGAACAACCACUCCGAAGACUCCAGCUACGCCGGGCAAGGGCACGCCGAAGACGACAGGAACCAAAAAGGCAGGCCGAGAUGUGGACGUCAAUCGAGGUGCAUGGGUGCGGCGGAAAAGCAAGCCGCAGGUUCCAGAAGCGCCAGCAGAGGUCAAGCAUGUGGGCACGCCGAAGAAGCGUGUCGUUAGUGACGGACACUGGCGUCGCGACAAGGCCCCGAAGAAAGAAGAGUCUGCUGAGGAGGAGGAUGAUGAGGAAGAUUUGACACCCAAACCGAUCAUUAUCCGAAAGAGUCAUGUCAACGUUGGUCUGCGAGUUCCGCCAUCACAUCAGGACUUUGCCGAGUCAGAACCGGAACCGGAGCCUGUGCUCAGGCGGCCGUUGAGGCAGUCGCAAUCGAGGUCCAGGUCGAGGUCGCGAGAUGGUCGUGGUGCAACACCAGACUAUGAGACAUCUGGCACGAAAGUCUACAUCAAGCGACGGAGGAGGUCACGGCCCAUCGACACCUCCGAAAGCAGCUUCACAGCACCGUCAUCAGUCGACAAGCCAAGUACUGCCACGGACAUCACAACGCCGAGCUCUUCGCCACCGAACAAGAUGAACAGACCAGUCUCUGAGCCACGUCUACGAAAGAGCAAGAGUGGCGAAGAUGCACCAAGACCCAAAUCAGCCCAUCAAUCGGCUCGCGAUGCGGAUGGCCAAAGGAUCACGAGUGCCAGCAAGCGCUACACAGACAGUCCGACUGACCGUGAUGCACCAAGACGAAAGCCUUCGACCACAGCCGAAGCAUAUGCCAGGAGGAUCACGGAACCGCUCAAGAAGGCCGCACCUCCAGUGGCUGCGGUGGUAGCACCGAAGGUUCAUGGCAAUCGUAUCGAAGGCUGGCUAAACAAUAUGCCAGAUCCGUUCACGGAGUCGAGGCAAUCUUCACUCACCCCAGAGCCUCUAGAGAUCUCGAAGAAGAAAUCACGACGACGCUUAUCAUCCGAGCCAGAAGACUCUGCCAAGGAGGAGGCUCGCAAGAGUAGCGAGCGGAGACGACUCGCUCGUCAAGAGGCAGCGUCGCGCGAUACGAGCGGCAAACACUCUCAAGCCACGGAGGACGACUUCAUCUCACCCUCUAGCACGCCUACCUUGAAGAGACGUGGCGCUCGACGGAAAUCACUCUCGCCAGUCAAAGGCCAGCGCAGCCGUGAGUUCACCCCGACCAAGGACGAUGCUGUCAUGAGCGGAGCACUUCCUGCAGCUUCAGCGAGUACAUCGAGGACCACAUCUACAGCAACCCACAACGAUCGCUUUCGCAUCCCAAGUGGUGCCAGGCCGUUGUCCACAAUCUUGUCUGUUGAUUCUGCCCCGCCUCCUCGAAGAGAUCCAUCGAAACGUCACCGUCACGCGUAUUCUGAUGACGCAACGUCUAUUGCAGACGGAAGCACACUGUCACGGGCUAGUGAUGGUGAUAGUCCUAUGAGAAAGGGCUCAGGUCUCAAGCGCAGGGCGACGAAGCAUGACGAUCUCAUGUCGGUACUGUCCAUGUCUAGAGACGACUCUCAUCCUAUCAAGUCUGCCAGAAGUGUCCGUGCGAGCCGGAGAGUCAGACCCACAGGCAACUCUGCUACCGUUGCAGAUCUUAUGAACGAACUGUCUGCCGACGAACUGAAGUACCAACGGGAGCUGCGAACGCUAGUUGACGGGGUCAUACCGGUAUUGCUCCAGCAUGCACUUUCCAGUAACGAACCUGCGCCACGCUCUCGCGUCUUCAGUCGUCCUGCGAACGAUACCACGCCUAUCGUCAAUAUGGGCGUUGCGCUUGAACGACUCAAGAACACACACAAAUGGAUACCCAUGCAUGAACCCACCGAACUUCUGACAUGGGCAGAUGGUGCUUCCAAAGUCUAUGUUGACUAUCUCAAAGCAUGGCGCAUGGGGUUCAAGGACAUUGUUGUAAACCUGGCGCCAGCGGAGCAAGACUCCAACAAAGACGGUGCUCCUGCCUGGGACGAUGGUCUACCACGAGACAAGAAUGGCGAUCUUGUGGAUGCUGCUGGGGAGCGUGUUGACGUCGCGCAUCUGUUGAAGCGGCCUUUGGUACGCAUUAAACACUUGGCGAAGAUUCUGGCUGGCAUCAGUCAACUUCAACCAUCCGCCAGCGCCGAGGAUAUGACCGCCAAAUACCAGAAGCUCAUACUGGAUGCCAAGGCGCGAGUGAACGAGGAGCAAGCUCGACUUGAGGAUGAAGCAGCAGCCAGCAUUGAUCCCACUCGUGCUCGCGACCCGCGCAGUCUGGCACCGAUCACUGGAGUGAGCAUAGACCCAACGAGAUCAGUCAGAGCAAGAGAUUAUUUCGACAUGGACCUGGUGCAUUCAAGUGGUCAGCAGCUCGGCUGCAAGAUCGAAAUUAUCUACAGAGACGACGCACCCGAUCGCGGCAAGGCUGGAGACCUUCUCUUCUGCGAGGUGUCAACUUCUGGCAGGUGGCUGCUCUUCCCACCGAUUCCGCACUCUCUGGUCUCCGCUCGUCAAGGCGACAAGCCCAGCGAGCUAGUGGUGAUGGUUCGCGGGUUCUUGUCCAACGCACGACAGUGGCGAGAAGUCCUUUCGCUACGCACCGAAGACGAUGCAACCGGCGCCGACUGGCUGCAGAUGCUUGGCUCAACCCCAAUGCCUCCAAGGUUGACUAGACGGUCGAGUUAUAAUAUGUUCAAGGAAGUUCGCCUUCCCACAGCAGAAAAGAGGGAACCUGUAAUUCACGAGUCAGCCGAAACGCCUGACAAGUCCAGGGACCCCUCUCCGCGCGAGAUCGAGGUGCCCAUUGGAGAACAAGCCAAAGCUGCGUCCAGAAUCUGGGAUGGCAGCGAAGUCAACAGUGUGUGGGACGAUGAUACGCCUACACGACUACGACGGGCCAAGGCAAAGAGAUACCAUAGCACUAUCGCUGUCUCAACCGCAGACGGUCAUCUCGAUGGCAAGGAUGAUGCUGAUCGACCUGCUUAUUAUUACGACAGACCACAUGCGCCCGAACAGACCGCCAAACGCCCGGUGUCUAGCUAUUCGAGAUCAAAAUCAGACUGGAUGACGUCUUCCACCACUACCGGCUCUGAUGGCUACAGUGUAUGGCUACCAUCUUCCGGUCGUGAUAGAUACUCUGAUGAAGAAAACAUAGACGAUGAGCCUGAUCUUGCCCGCAAGCCAAGCAAGCGCCCAAGUAUGCACCGAAGAACAUCGUCUGUGCCUUCUAUGGAUAUGCCAUCAAUACCGAAGCUACGCAAGGCGAGCGAGUCGCGCCCUCCUCGCCCGGAAAGUCCUUCCUCGGACAGAGAUGGUCUUCCCUCGCAACAAAGAGCAGCAGCGGAGCGCGACGCAGAGCCUUCGUCAGCACCGGCUAAACUGCAGAAGCGACGCCUGUCUAUGUCUGGACCUGCUCGAGCUGCUGAGCCAGACAAGCCUCCACCUCCACCAAAACAUCGCCCAUUGUCGCUCGGGUUGAAAUCGAUGUCCUUCACUCCGGCAUUCUUAAAGAAGAAUCGUCGACCGUCGUCACCACUCAAGCAUGAAUACGAACCAUCUACAGCUUCGGACUCGCUCUCUGACAGUGACUAUUCUGAUUAUGACGACGACUAUUCUAUAACCUCAGAGUCCACGGUCGACGAAGAAGGUACAAUGGACGAGGCUGUAUCGACUGUUGGCGACCUCAAGGCUUUCCACGACUACAAUACCAGAGGCAUGGAUAAACGACCGUCUCCUCCGCCCGCUUCUGUGCCGACGCUCCCUGCGACAAGCCUGGCGCCUUCGGAAUCUGCUUCACAGGCUCCUUACAGAGCUGUUCCACCGACAGCCGCUGCGCCCGUUAAAACUGUCGCCUCGAUCUUCGCGUGGGCAGAAAGCGGGUCGUGGGACAGCCUGCAUCCUGAGGAGUGUCAGAUAUUCAUCACACCUGGUCUUAUCGAAGCAUUCGACCUGACACAAGCUAAUUCAGUAUCACUGUCGGCUGAUGGCGAGAACUCUACUCCAUCUUCGAGGGGGAUAAAGCCGCUGGUCGCGCUCGAGCUUACUCCACUGGUGCCGCUUCGACGAGGAACUGCCGUGGAUAUCUCCAUACGCUCGCCACCCACAUCAAACUCCCUACUGAGGACGGGCGCAAACGUCAUGUUCCGUUCCAGAAGCCCAGACGAGUGCGAGAAGCUGUACGGACUGCUCAAUCGAGCUCGCAUUGACAAUCCGACCUACAUCGCCCUGCAGAAUGCGAGAGGACCGCAGAACCAAAGCAACUGGUCCGAGGUUAUGGAUCGCAGGAACAACUUACGCACGACAGGCAAAUCAUGGUGGAAUCUUGGAUCAAAGAAGAGCAGCUCUUACCGCUCGAAUGGAAGUCGGCCCUUGUCAAUCGCUGCCACUGAGUCCUCUGUCGGUACUAUGAACAGUGCCUUCUCUGCUCUUCGUCGCUUCAGUGGAAGCAGCAGGAUCUUCAACAUCGCCAAGAGCACAAUUACCUCCCGUGAAGGCACACGAAGCACGCAAAGCGAGUCUCUAUCGUCCGGCACUGCCACGCCAGUCGUUCCCCUUGACCCAAGCCUUGGUACUCCGGUCGGCAUCACGAACGCCAAAGUACGACUGUACUUGAGAGAGACGGCAGGAAAGUGGCGCGAUCUUGGCUCUGCACGCCUGGCUGUCAUGCUGCCGCCUCGACCUGACCCUUCGAUUCCAGCCAACCCAAAGACGACAGGGCUGGAAAAGCGCAUCCUUGUCUAUGGUAAGAGCAAAGGCGAGGUCUUGCUUGACGUCACUCUGGGGGAGACGGCGUUCGAGCGCAUUGCUCGCACUGGUAUCGCGGUCAGCGUCUAUGAAGAGACUGAUCAGGUUGGCGCCGUUGGCGGCGUGGUCAUGGCCAAGACGACUGUUUAUAUGAUACAGAUGAAAUCGGAACGCGACGCUGCAUAUACUUUUGGCCUAGUCGGCAAGCUUCGCUAUUAA